AUCAGCUCAGUGUUGUAGAGGAGCUGCUGGAGUUAGAGAGGAGAGAAGUGAAGCUGUAAGCUACAGUAACUCUGACUGUCUUAUGGGCUCCAGACUCUGUAAUCAGCUCUUUCAUGCAUCAUAUGUUUCAGGAGCUUUUGGAACAGAGUGGAGUGUGAAGUACAACCAACAGGAAAUAUGUGCUUUAAAAGGAUCCACAGUGUUUAUGAAUGGAACUUAUACUCACCCAGAACAUCUUACAGUGAGAGCAGCCUUUUGGUUCAUAGACCCAGUUAAGGGUGUGAAGCUGACUGAUCUGAUUAAAGACCCAGAUUAUUCAGGCAGAGUUGAGUAUUUAACUGAUGAACAGAAACACUUCUCCCUCAAACUGAGUGAUGUGAUGAAGAAGGAAGAACAUGAUUAUGUUUUCAGAAUCAUAACAAAUGAAGAAACAGGAAAAUGGUGGGGUAAACCUGGAGUUCAGCUCAGAGUUACAGAGCUCCAUAUGGAAACUCCUGGAGAAGUGACAGAGGGAGAAACAGCAGAUCUGACAUGUAAAACCACCUGCAGUCUGACUGACCCAACAUUCAUCUGGUACAAAAAUGGACGUCCUUUAACCACAAAGACCAUCAAGAACAACCAGCUCCACCUGCAGACAGUCAGCAGUGAGGAUGCAGGCAGUUAUAGCUGUGCUGUAAGAGGAUAUCAACAUUUCCACUCUACUGCUCACAACCUCAGAGUCAGAUAUCCUCCAAAGAACAUAUCAGUGUCCAUCAGUCCCUCUGGUGAAAUAGUAGAGGGCAGUUCAGUGACUCUGACCUGCAGCAGUGAUGCAAACCCACCUGUGAAUUAUACCUGGUUUAAAGAAGGUGGAACCUCACCUGUAGGAUCUGGACAGAAUGACAGCAUCAUCAACAUCACUGCUGACCACACUGGACUGUACUACUGUGAAGCUCAGAAUGAACAUGGAGCUCAGAAUGGAACUGUGAUGGUCACUGUUAAGAUCUUCCUUCAUACUACCAUCAUGGAUGAUGUCUUCUACAGCACCGUUACACACAGCAGAUCCAGACCUGUACAGGCUGCUGCUUCUGCUGACUCUAGAGCUGAUGAUGUUCUGUAUGCUACAGUCGGGAUUCAGCAUGAUGAUGUGACCAGCAAUGACCAACAGGGGGAGCCCCAAUAUGCCAGUGUUACAUUCCACCACCACACUGCUGCCACUGGAUCAGUGAUGGUGGAGACUCUGGCUGCUGUUUCGUCAUCCAGAGAGAAUCUCUGA